UAGCGUUGAAGCUUUGACAUGUUGGCAACAUUUACUAGAAUUAUUUGUUUAUCUAUCGUCUAUCAAUUUUUCAACUUUGUGUAAUCAAAAACAACUUUAUUUUUGUUAUUUCAUGCUUUAAAUAAUUUAUCACCAUGGGAUGCUGUGAUUCUGAAGAAGAUAAAACAGAGGAAAUUACUGAACGGAAAUGCACCGACGUUUUUUGGUUAUGUUUAUAUAUUUUAUUUUGGUUUUUAAUGGUGGUUAUAGGUGCUUUUUCCCUGGUUUAUGGCAACCCUCUGAGAAUUAUUAAUGGAUAUGAUUCUUUUGGUAAUACUUGUGGUACAAAAAAUAAGGCCAUGGGAAAUAUGGCUCUUUCAGGAAUCGACACAACUUUGAAACCCUAUUUAUUAUUUUAUGAUGUACAUCAUCUGAAACAAUCUCUGAAAAUAUGUGUUAAAGAAUGUCCCAAAGAAACUCUGAAAACAGCACGGGAUAUAAAUAAAUAUCACAUGUCCGGUAAUGACUUGUGUAGAUAUGAUUUUAACUACAAAGAUUUGGAAGAUUCUACAGCAACUCCUCUAACCGCUCCAUUUGGGCCAUGCCCUAGUUUACCAAUUUAUAAAAGUUCACCAGUUUUGAAUCGGUGCGUUCCAUCCCAAAUAUCAGAAGCUACGAAAGCAGCAUUGACCAAUUUUUAUGUGUUAUUCAAUAGUUGGGAUGCAGUUGAACAAAUAUUGGGUGAUUUAUAUAAGACUUGGAAAGAAAUUUUGGGGUUAACAUUUUUAUCACUAGUUGUGUCGCUUCUCACUAUCACCAUGUUACACUGCCUUGCCCAUCUGGUGUCAUAUUUUAUAAUGAUCGGUUUUUCUGUAGCUGGUAUAGCAGGUACGGCUUUUUUGUGGUAUACCUAUUUUGACAUCAAGUAUCACUUGGAUAAAACCAGCAAGUUUAUGCUGCUUUCCGAAUCAGUCAGAAAUGAAACAGCCUUUUUUUGGUUUUCAAUAAUUGCUACUAUAAUUACGAUCAUUAUUCUCCUAAUUAUUUUUUUUAUGCGGAAACAAGUGGAUUUUCUGGCAAAUUUAUUUAAGGAAACAUCCAAAUGCCUGAUGCAUCUUCCUGCACUAUUCUUCCAACCAAUUCUUACAUUCAUUGUGCUUGUAUUAUUCUUCAUGUUUUGGAUUUUUAUAGUGUUGUGUUUAGCUACUGCGUCAUACCCUGAAAAAAGCCACGUUAUGCCAGCUCUAACAAAUUCCAGUUCUGAUUUGUCAACUUCUAUAUUUUCUACCGAAAAUCCCAAAGAUAUGAAUGAAGACUCCAUAGCAGACAAGAUAAAAAUAACUGUUGUUGAAUACAUUGAUGCAUCUUGGGUAAAAGCAAUGUGGUGGGUGUACAUCAUUGGUUUGAUAUGGACAUCAGAGUUUAUCAUGGCAUGUCAGCAGAUGGUUAUAGCUGGAUCAGUAGCUCACUGGUUUUACAGACAUAAAUAUAAAGAUAAUGGACAUCUCUGUUACGCCACUAGAAAACUCAUCAAUUAUCAUCUUGGCUCUGUGGCGCUUGGAUCCUUAGUCAUUACUAUUUUCAAAAUACCAAGGUUAAUUUUAAUGUAUCUUCAUGAAAAAUGGAAGAUUGGGAAAGAUAAGGGAAGUGAAUGUGCAUCUUGUGGGUUGAAAUGUUGCAUCUGCUGUUUUUAUUGUCUAGAAAAGUUCAUCAGAUACCUUAAUCACAAUGCAUAUACAGUUAUUGCAAUAGAUGGCUCAAAUUUUUGUAAAGCUGCAGGAACGGCAUUCGAGGUUUUGACAUCACAUGCCCUGCAAGUGGCGACAAUAAAUAGUUUAGGUGAUUUUAUCCUAUUCUUGGGCAAGUGCUUUGUUACAGCUUUAACCGGAUCUGUCGGUUUGGCUUUAUUCAGGCGAAAUUCGGAUUUGAAGUUUUAUGCUGCCCCCACACUAUUGGUUUGCAUUUUCGCCUUCUUUGUGGCCCACUGCAUACUAUCCUUAUAUGAGAUGGUUCUUGAUACUGUUUACUUAUGCAUGUGUCAAAACGGGGAAGCUCCAGAAGGAAUAGAAGUGCAGAAUCUUGGAAUCACUAAUAACGGCAACGCAGCCCAUACGGAAAAUGUUGAACUAGAACAUUUAGAUAGGUAGAUGUUAAACAUGCUGCUCAAAAUCUAAUAUCAACUAAAGUUGAAGAGGAAUCAACAUUAUAUGCUUUGAGAACUAACAUUCAGAUAAAAAGGGAGGUGAAUUUUUUUAGACAGUUGUUUCAAACAAUUGGAAUAUAUUCAAUACUUUUGUGAUGUCACAAUUCAAUCGAAAAAGCUAUUCCAAUGGGUAUUUUCAUUGUUUUUUUGCAUUGAAUUUUUUGUUCAUGCGGAGAGUUGGUAAAGUGUUUUGAAUAUAUGGUUUUCGGCCUCGUAAUCCUCAAAUGUCCUGUCGGUCAGACAUUUCUAUUGCUGAUGUUAUCUACCUAUUGUGUGAUCACCGUAUGUUGUUUUCAUCACUAUUUAUAAUGUUUUUGAGUUGAAAAUACUGGCUUUUUGACAUUGGGUAAUCUUAUCAAGAAAUUAGAAAAAGACAGGCACUACAACAAACACGAUGCAGUUUUUAAGGAAUGACCAUUAGAAGACAUCAAUAAGGAAAUUUAUGAAAAUAAGGAUUAUGCUGGAGCUCAUUAUCUUCUGACAUGCUGAUUAACGGAAAAACAGAUUUUAAACAGAAGAACAGAAGAAACAGCCUGUUUUUGAUGUUUCAGUAAAGCUGAAAAACCAUCCUUCAACAAAGCAGUUUCCGAUAUUAAGAUUUAAAUAAUAAUAUUACACUUAGGGGUUACAACAAAAAUGGAGGUGAAAUUAUGUCCUUGUUAGCAGUGAUUGAGCACCAUCUGAACAGAGGAAAAGAAAAAAAUGCAUCAUUACAAUAACUCAAUAUUUAACAAACGAAAGAAGAGCUUGUACGUACAACAUUGUGUUGUGUCAUUAUUGCAAAAAUUUAAAUUGAGAAGAUGGGAGUAUACGUAUACCCUUUUGACAGAAGAUGAAAAAUAUGAUUAUUUUUUACAAUUCCUCAGACUUAUAUAAAACAGAAAGCAGGGCACACUAAAAAUCUUUGAAGGUUUGAAAAAUCUCAGUCUCACAACAGUAUUGAAGAAAUUUUUAUAAGAGGUAAAUCCUAUUUUUUAUUCGAUAGGUUUUGUGUGUCCAAUGCUAUAUAUGCUCGAGAAAUCUCCUUCAAAAAUCUCAGAGUUUUGAAAUUGGGUGGAAUUCGGAAGUUCCAGAUAGAAUGAAACAGAAAUUCUUGUCAUGCUGUCAGAGAUAAACGUACAUGUCAGUCUCAAAAUUCCUUGAUGGUUAUUUCAAGAAUCACCUGAAAACAUCUCCAACUGCAGUUUUCUCCUCUUCAGUGAUGCUAGUAAAGAUGCUUAUA